AGCAGCACCUUUGGCUCUAGUUGGCUCUAUCUUACGCACAAAUGGCUGCGGCAACAGUUUGCCAAGCGGCAAACUGCUCCAAGCCAACCCAGGAUGGCCUGCCAGGCUUUUGCAGCCGCGCGUGUCGGAGACAGUCCCGGAAAACACCAGCGACAGCAAUGCCAGCGCAAGGUGCGGUCUUUGCCCCAUGCUCGCGAAGUGGAUGCCCCUGCCCAGCAUCCUGGAACGGCCAGGCCGGGCAACAUUGCUGCAAGCGCUGCCAGGGAGGAAAUCCAUGUGGCGUUGCAACGCACAUGGUUCCCUCAGCUCCCUCAGUGACUCCUUCGGGUCCGGCCCCGACGGCCACCCCAACGCCUGCCCCAGGUGCGGUCUUUGCCCCAUGCUCGCGAAGUGGAUGCCCCUGCCCAGCAUCCUGGAACGGCCAGGCCGGGCAACAUUGCUGCAAGCGCUGCCAGGGAGGAAAUCCAUGUGGCGUUGCAACGCACAUGGUUCCCUCAGCUCCCUCAGUGACUCCUUCGGGUCCGGCCCCGACGGCCACCCCAACGCCUGCCCCAGGUGCGGUCUUUGCCCCAUGCUCGCGAAGUGGAUGCCCCUGCCCAGCAUCCUGGAACGGCCAGGCCGGGCAACAUUGCUGCAAGCGCUGCCAGGGAGGAAAUCCAUGUGGCGUUGCAACGCACAUGGUUCCCUCAGCUCCCUCAGUGACUCCUUCGGGUCCGGCCCCGACGGCCACCCCAACGCCUGCCCCAGGUGCGGUCUUUGCCCCAUGCUCGCGAAGUGGAUGCCCCUGCCCAGCAUCCUGGAACGGCCAGGCCGGGCAACAUUGCUGCAAGCGCUGCCAGGGAGGAAAUCCAUGUGGCGUUGCAACGCACAUGGUUCCCUCAGCUCCCUCAGUGACUCCUUCGGGUCCGGCGCCUCUUGCUGCCGGCCCUGGUGCCUUCUCGAAGUGUGCAAGACCUGGGUGCCGCUGCGCAGCUUCUUAUGAUGGACUGCCUACAAGCUACUGUUGCAAAGCCUGCCGUAAUGGGACUCCUUGCAGCAGAAAUGUGCACACUGUGCCUCAAGUUCAAGCAGGACCGUCAGCCACAUCCUCCAACCUUUGCGCCGCCGGCUGCGGGCGCAAAACCUGGAACGGCAAGGUUGGCGAGUUUUGUGGACAGACAUGCCGACAGAAGUAUUCGCAGCUGCCGCCGACUCUCCAGCUGAAGGACUACGCAGGAAUCAAGGCCCAGGCGAACCUUUGGCGUCUCACAGUGUGGCCGGCAGCGAUGGGCAAAGGCAUUUUCUAUGGCAACCGUGGCCUUGGAGAUCCCUCCUGUCCAGCAAUGCGCAAAUAUGAAGCCGGUUUGGCGGCGCUUGGUUUGACAAACACGGCGAACAGUGAGUUUGCUUGGCAUGGCACCAGAAGUGCUGCCAACGUGAUGAGCAUAUGUUGGGACAACUUGGACCCACAGCGGCGAAGCGGGCAGGCCUAUGGCCGCGGCGAGUACUUCAGCACGAACGCCAGCGUCUCGGACAGCUACGCAGGGAGUACCGGGUACCUCAUCCUGUUCCUUCUGCUCCGCGGCGCGCGCAACACCGCCUGCAAUGGCAACUACAGGGUGGUAGACAACCCUACUGAUGGCAGAACGAUGUACUGCCUGCCCGUGGGCGUGGUCGACUACAGAGCCAACGGGGAUCCGAAACUCAAGGGCGCCGGUAAUUUUUGAAGCUGACUUUCUCAAACAGUGAUUGCAGCUUCUUCAGAGCUUGUCCACGGCAAAGGCCAUGUGAAGCCAAUCAUAUUUUGGCAGACGGUCGAAGGCCUGCGGAGUUUCAAGACGAGGAAUCCAGGGCCCAGCGUGGUCCACACCACUGCCAAAUCUAUUGACUGCUCAUGAAUUGGCCAGUAAGCUGUGCGCAGUUUGGAUACGGCCUUUGAGCGUUGCAAAAGGGGGAAAGCCAACUUUUAUGCGUAUGUCGCGCGCCCUUUGUGCAAGACUGAUGGCAGGUCCAAGG